ACCUCAGCAUAAAUUGGAGCUCUGGGCUCUUGCUGGGACUAUCCCAGGCCACAGCCCAGCUGUCUGCCUUCCUGCUGCUCCCGCUGGGUGAUGGAAACUCUGACCCCAGCCGCCCAGGGCAGGGCCCUCUGGGCUCUUCUCCUGGCUGCGCUUGGCUCCGUGGCCAGCCAGCCCCUGGGGGGAGACUCCGUGUGUACGGCCCGGCCCCUGGCCAAGUACAGCAUCACCUUCAUGGGCAAGUGGAGCCAGACAGCCUUUCCCAAGCAGUAUCCACUGUUCCGGCCGCCCGCGCAGUGGUCUUCCCUGCUGGGGGCAGCACACAGCUCCGACUACAGCAUGUGGCGGGAGAACCAGUAUGCCAGCAAUGGGUUGAGGGAUUUCGUGGAGCGGGGCGAGGCCUGGGCACUGAUGAAGGAGAUCGAGGCGGCCGGAGAGAAGAUGCAGAGCGUGCACGAGGUGUUCUCAGCACCCGCCGUGCCCAGCGGCACCGGGCAGACCUCUGCAGAGUUCGAGGUCCACGCCAGGCACUCACUGGUGUCCUUUGUGGUCCGAAUUGUCCCCAGCCCGGACUGGUUUGUGGGCGUCGACAGUCUGGACCUGUGUGAUGGGAGCCGCUGGCGGGAGCGUGUCGCAGUGGACCUUUACCCGCAUGACGCAGGGACAGACAGCGGCUUCACCUUCUCCUCCCCCAACUUCGCCACCAUCCCACAGGACACAGUGACCGAGAUAACAUCCUCCUCCCCCAGCCACCCGGCAAACUCCUUCUACUACCCACGGCUGAAGGCCCUGCCCCCCAUCGCCAGGGUGACCCUGGUGCGGCUCCGGCAGAGCCCCAGGGCCUUUGUGCCCCCCGCCAUGGACCUGGUAGGCAGGGGCAAUGAGAUCGUGGACAGCCUCUCAGUUCCAGAAACACCACUAGACUGUGAGGUCUCUCUCUGGUCAUCCUGGGGGCUGUGUGAAGGUUCGUGCGGGAAGCUGGGAGCCAAGAUCAGGACUCGCUACGUCCGGGUGCAGCCUGCCAACCACGGGGCGCCCUGUCCAGAGCUUGAAGAGGAGGCGGAGUGCAUCCCUGACAACUGUGUGUGAGCCCUGAGCCUGCAGCCCCUCGACUGACCGUGGCUGGUGGGCCCAGUCGUUGGGUUGGGGCCACACAGUGAGCGGCCGAGCCGGCAGCCCUGUCACCUCUGAGCAGCACUGUCGACUGACCCCUCUGCAUGGGCAUGCCUGCGGGCCGGAGGGGACAUCAGGAACAGGAGCAUCCUUUCUGCAAGUUCUCCCUUGUAGCCCCACAUCCUAAGGUCCGCUCUCAUGGAGACUCAAGUCUGCUCUAAACCACGUUCAGUGUGUUUACCACCAUGCGCCAUGGUCCUCCGAGCAGAGGAUGCACACACAGUGCC